UCCUGCCCCUUGGGAGACUCUUCGAAGCCAAAUGUGGCAUUAAACAUGAACUGUCAACAGCUUGUUGCUAAGAGACCAAGUAUGUGUAACGACCACCAGAUUGGAAAGCUGUGGUGUUGCGCUUCUUGUGGUGCCCUUAAUAAAACAACUCCAGCUACAUUUACUGGUCCAGCGGUCAGCGCAAAUCACGAUUGUCAAGCUGUCUUUGGUCCAUUGUCUUACUUUUGUCAGGGAACUCAGUAUUACAAGAAUCAAGAUUUCACUAGUGUUUGUACUCGCAUGAUGUGUUACAAUCCUUCAACUGGUACGUGUAAUCCCAUUACAUCUGUUGACGGUGUACCAUGUGGAAAUGGAAAGUGGUGUGUUGCUGGACAAUGUGCGGCGUCUUCCUCGGCUCCAGUCGAUCCAAAAGCAGGAUGUUUCUAUGGAAACCAGUACGAAACGUUUUGUAAAACUAAUAUUGUUUACCCAAAUAUUGCGACCUAUUGUUCACAGUAUGAACAAGGAUGUUGUGAUAUCUGCGCUAAAUACAAGAAUACUUCCUUGCCUAGCGGAUGUCAGUAUGGAGACAAAACUCCAGAUGUUUGUUCCCAGAAAAUUAAAGAUAACACCAUCAAGGCAUACUGCAAAAGCAAUGAAGCAGAUUGUUGCCAAACCUGUUCAGAGCUAAAAGACAAUACAAAUAAUGCUUGCCCUUACGGAGAUUUUGACGUAGCUAAGUGUAAGCAGUUAAUGAACGACAGUAUAGGACCAGGAAACUGUUACAGCCAGAGCCGGCAACAAGAGUGUUGUGACACGUGCACGGAGUAUUACAAUGCUUCUAGAACAGGAUGCGUGUACGGAGAUCAUUGGAAAGAUUACUGCGCUCAGAAUGUAGUCCCGCCGAAUGUUGCUGAUGUAUGUAGUAGGUAUGCUGACAAAUGUUGCGGAACAUGUAAAGAAUAUGAAGAAACUGGACACCCAGGUUGUAGAUAUGGAGACAGAGACCCGGUAUCAUGCAAGGCUUUGAUGGACUCCGAUCUUGGAACAGCCAAUUGUUACAACAUUGUACACCAGACGCAAUGUUGUGCCACAUGCGAAAAUAUCAAAGAUCCUUCAACGCCAGGAUGUGUCUAUGGUGAUACGAAACCUACUAACUGCGACCAGAAAUUCAACGACUCUCGCGCUGAAGGCAACUGCUAUGAUUUACAAACCCAAAUUGAAUGUUGCAGAUCUUGUGCUAACGCAAGAAAUGACUCGCGUGGAGCAGGAUGCGAAUACGGAGACAGAAACAAAGCAUUUUGUGCUGCUAAUAUCAAAGGCAAGUCGUCGGCCUUCUUGUGCUUCUCAUACGAAGACCAGUGUUGUGAGACAUGUGCUAAAUACAAAGUUUCAGAUCAUCCGGAAUGCAAGUAUGGCGACAAGAACCCUGUCAACUGCAAGUUCCAGAUCUCGAACGGGCCCGCAGCAUUAACCAGGUGUCCUACAUUAGGUUUGGACUGCUGUGAGACAUGCAGCCGACUUGGCCACCCUGGGCCCGGUGGAAAAAUCUACAGUGACAGUGACUCUGUUGUCGGAUAAUGCUUCGUUGACGCCGCAAGCCAGUGAAAUGUCUGCAUAAUUAUGUUCUUCAUGCAUAAAUAGAGCAAUAAAAGUUUGUUAAAAAGUG